UUCGGUAGCUCAGAGCGCAGACGGAGCAGGGAGUGGUGGCUCCUGACGCACGGCCGGACACACCGAUAACUUUCACUGCUGGAACUCACUAACAAAUCGUAAUUAUCCAAGAAACGUCAAACCGGUGAGCGCAACACUGCUGGGAGACCAUGGCCUUGACUGCACUGCACUGACAAAGAAGCUUGGACUCAGACCCACGCUGCAAGACCUGGAGCAAGGCCCCAUGUGGGAAUAUGCAUGUGAGUGUGUGAAUGCCAUUGAGUCUGGACUGCUGUGUGUGUACCUUCGAGUGAGCAAAACAUUUUUCUGUGUGAGUGUGAGGCCCGUGCAAGGAUGAGGGCUCUGGCCGUUCUGCUGUGUCUCCUGAUUGGGGAGGUCGGAGCCUCUCGGGUUGUCCGCAACUCCCAGGGCGAGCUUGAAGCUUCAGAACCCCCUAAGGCCAAUGCUUCCAUCCCGUUUACGCCCCCACAGCCAGGCCAGCCGCAGGGCUCCAUGCCCACGAUGUGUAUAAAGCGCUUGGAGAUCAAACAGGCUUUCAAGUACGUGAACACUGUCGUGUCCUGCCUGAUUUUUGUGGUGGGGAUCAUUGGCAACUCAACACUGCUCAGGAUCAUAUACAAGAACAAGUGUAUGAGAAAUGGCCCGAAUGUCCUGAUUGGCAGCCUGGCACUGGGCGACCUGCUUUAUAUCACCAUCACCCUCCCCAUCACUGUGUAUAAGCUAAUAGCUAUGGACUGGCCAUUUGGCGUGUACAUCUGUAAGCUGAUACCAUUCAUUCAGAAAGCGUCAGUGGGAAUCACCGUCCUCAGCCUGUGUGCCCUCAGUAUUGACCGCUACCAUGCGGUGAUAUCAUGGAGCAGGGUGAAGGGGAUUGGGAUCCCACUGUGGAAAGCAGUGGAGGUAACUCUGAUCUGGCUGGUUGCUGUGGUGCUGGCAGUCCCAGAGGCAGUGGCCUUCAACAUGUUUGAACUGUCAUACAGGGGCGACAAGCUACGGGUCUGCAUGCUGCAUCCAGAGCAGACCACCAGCUUUAUGACGUUCUACCAGGAAGUUAAAGACUGGUGGCUGUUUGGUUUCUACUUCUGCUUCCCACUGGCCUGCACAGGAUUCUUCUACACACUCAUGUCCUGUGAGAUGCUCAGUCAAAAAAAAGGCAUGCGCAUUGCGCUCAAUGACCACAUGAAACAGCGGAGGGAAGUAGCAAAGACGGUGUUCUGCCUGGUGCUAAUUUUUGCUCUCUGCUGGCUCCCCCUUCAUCUGAGCCGUAUUCUGAAGAAAACAAUCGAUGACCAAAGUGACCCCACCCGUUGUGAACUGCUGAGCUUCCUGUUAGUGAUGGAUUACAUUGGCAUCAACAUGGCCUCCUUAAACUCCUGCAUUAACCCAAUUGCCCUUUACUUUGUCAGCCAGAAGUUUAAAAACUGUUUCCAGUCUUGCCUGUGCUGCUGGUGCUACAAAACAUCUCCCCUUGACAAGCAAGGUUCAGGAGGACGCUGGAAAGUCUCUUGUCAUGGGAAUGGACUAGACCGUUCUAGCUCCCGCUCCAGUCAGAAAUACACAAGCUCUUCAUAAAAACACACACACAGGCGCUCCUCACAUAUCUCUUCUGCCAAAUCCCCAUCAGCUCCCAUUUUGGAGAAACAGCAUCGUAAUUGCCAACAGACCAGUGAUCAGAUCCAAGUGAAGAGGAAAGAAUGGAACGAGCUAGAAGUCACUUCUAGAGGACUCGCAGCAGACUGAAAGAAUCAUUCUACCCUGAUGAAUGAAACCAAGACUUCAUAAAUCUGCAGAUGCGCCAACACUGAGGCUUGUAUAGCGGACUGAAAGUCUCGCAGUGGGGUCAUUGUGGUAAUUACAUUUAUAGAGGACGUUCAUUCAAACCAUACUGUAUGUAAAUCUAUCUAGUGUUACUUACAUUCAGAUUGCAGACUUGUGAUUAUAUUUAGCCUCAGUGCUUCACAUACAGUGGGUACAGAAAAUAAU